UAAACCUGCCCCAGAAUAGAAUUCAGCAUCAACCUAAGGAUCCUGCUGUAACAUUGCUACACUGACCCAGGACAGCUCAAUUCUCUUCCCACCUAUUUACAAAACAAUCCUCAUUCUGGGAGCUCCGGAAGCAUGGCCAGUAUUGCACUAGGAUCCUCUUCGUGAGGUAGCCGGAAGUCUGGAAACACAGCAAAUUUACCUAUUUCUCUACACAACACGGAGGGUAAUUCUCAGAAAAGGCUUAACACCCGAAUCCUCAUACUUCAAAUGGUUGUGUUUUCCCCAUUCGGACUGAAAGGUGAGAGUGGAACUCGGCUGCCCAAACCGUGGCGCCGAUAUCAGCUGCAGGCCAGAGCAAGCCUUUCCGAGGAGAUUUUAAACAACCGGUGGGAGCAAGAUCCUGAAGCAUUUCUUCCAAGAUUGGCAGCAGGAGACGAAACCUGGCUCUACCCGGCAGGAUCCUGAAGACCAAGCACGAAGCCGUGGCUAGCAAGAGGUGGCAGUGCUCCAGCCGAAGCCACAGAGGAGCAGUCAAGAGCGGAGGUCAUGGCCACCGUUUGGGGGGGGAUGCCAGAGGGAUUCUCCUCGUUGGCUUUCUGGAGGGCCAAACCCUGAUCACAUCUGCUCACUGGCAGAGCCUUUUCAGAGAGUUAGCCAAAGCUGGAGCGGAGAAGGUCCCCACCAGAGAGUUCUUCUCCACCACGACAACGUUCCUGCUCAUGCCUUUCUUCCAACGAGGGCAGCUGGGCAAGACUUGCCAUGGGAAAUCACGAGGCGUCCACCUUACCGUCCUGAUUUGGCGCCUGCUGACUUCUUUUCGUUUCCUUGUCUUAGAAAACCUGUAAAGGGCACCCAGUUUUCUUCAGUUAACAACGGAAGAAAGAUUGCAUGGAAACAGUUACAUUCCCAGGACCCUGGGGGGCUUUAGGGAUGGGCUGGACGGCGGGGAGGAGACACUGCUUCCAGAAGGGUCUCGAAGUUGAUGGAGACGGGGUCGAGAAGUAAAAUACACCUUUUUCAUUUUUCUCCCUUAAUCCCACUUUUCUACGAAUGUUUCCAAGUCCCCUCACACGACGGCAAUCCCAGGUAAAGAGUUGUCCUCCUCUGUUGGUUCUCCUUCCUACGAUUUUGUCUUGCGGUGUUGUUAUUUUCGCUUUUACUCCCAAGGGGAUUCUGUCUGUGUCUUUGGGAAUCCACAGAUGCGGGGGCUGGGAACAAGGAGGGCCAACGGUAGAACUCAGUGGGCUGUGUCCAGGCUGCAAUUAACCUAAUGAACCUGCCGGGCACAGCAGUCCACCUGGCGUGGACCGUCCCGAUUGGCUGCGUUGGGCUGACGGAAUGAAUUCGUAUUGGGGCGGGGCUGCCCAAGGCCCAAGGGGGUCAGGGCUUGAGUCCUGGGUGGGCCCGGGGCUGGCUAUAUAAGGCCGGGCUCUGGCAGCCCAGCUGCAUUCCGCCUCGGACGGCGCAGCGCAGAGGUCACUCCAGGCUGCGGCUCCACAUCCCGAGGGACAGAAGCGGGCCUGCUCAGCUGUCUGCAAGGACCGGCGUUCCAGACCAAGUGGCCCGCUGCUCCGAGGACCCAGCUCGCUCCAGGUUGUGGGGACUCCACGCCCCGAGGCCUGCGGUCCGCGAGGACCAGCGCCCCGGAACCAGUGGCCCACUGCUCCGAGGACCGAGCUCGCGCCAGGCUGUGACUCCACAUCCCGAGGUCGCUGCCUGGCGACCGGGCAGCGAGGACCGGCCACCCCAGACUUCGUGUCCCGCCGCCCCGAGGACAGAGCCGCGAACGCGAGGACAGCGACGCCUGCACAGCUCUGCUGAGAUGGCGGCAGGCUCCACUACGCUGCGCGCAGUGCAGAAGCUGCAGGUGCGUCUGGCCACGAAGACGAACCCAAAAAAGCUGGAGAAAUAUUUGCAGAAACUCUCCGCCCUGCCCAUGACGGCAGACAUCCUGGCGGAGACUGGAAUCAGAAAGACGGUGAAGCGCCUGCGGAAGCACCAGCACGUGGGCGACUUUGCCAGAGACUUAGCGGCCCGGUGGAAGAAGCUGGUGCUUGUGGACCGAAACACCGGGCCUGACCCACAGGACGCUGAGGACAGCGCUUCCCGACAGCGCCUCGGGGAGGCUCUCCAGGACCAGGAAAAGGCCUGGGGCUUCCCAGAAAACGCGACGGCCCCCAGGAGCCCAUCUCACAGCCCUCAGCACGGACGGACAGCACGCAGAACACCUCCGGGACAACAGAGACCUCACCCGAGGUCUCCCAGUCGCGAGCCCAGAGCCGAGAGAAAGCGCCCCAGAACGGCCCCAGCUGAUUCCGGCCCCCGUCGGGACCCUCCAACGCGCACCGCUCCCCUCCCGACGCCCGAGGGCCCUGAGCCCGCUGUGCCCGGGAAGCAACCCGGAAGAGGCCACGCUCACGCCGCUCAGGGCGGGCCUCUGCCGGGUCCGGGCUGCCAGGGCCAACCUCAGGGGGAAGCGGUGGCGAGCCACAGCAAGGGGCGCAAAUCGUCCCGCUGGGCUUCGGCUCACAAAUCGCCUCCUGUCCAGGAAAGCCAGUCAGAGAGGCUGCAGGCGGCCGGCGCUGAUUCCGCCGGGCCGAAAACGGUGCCCAGCCUUCUCUUCGCAGAGCUCUGGGACCCCUCAGCGGCCUGGAUGCAGGCCAACUACGAUCUGCUGUCCGCUUUUGAGGCCAUGACCUCCCAGGCAGAGCCAGAAGCACUCUCCGCGCCAACGUUCCAGGAGGAAGCCGCUUUCCCUGGACGCAGAGUGAAUGCUAGGCUGCAGGUGUACUCGGGCUCCAGGCCUGCCUGCCAGCUCCAGGUGCUGACGCUGCGCCAGCAGUGCCUCCCGGUGCUUAGAAACAAUCCGGACGCCCUCGGCGACGUGGGAGGGGUCGCCUACUCGGUUCUUGAACCCGUUCCGGAAGGGUGGACGCCUGAUCAGCUGUAUCGCACAGAGAAAGACAACCACGCACUCGCUCGAGAGACAGAUGAAUUAUGGAGGAUUCAUUGUCUCCAGGACUUCAAGGGAGAAAAGCCGCGGGAGCACGAGUCUUGGCGGGAGCUGUACCUGCGGCUUCGCGACGCCCGAGAGCAGCGGCUGCGAGUAGUGACCACGAAAAUCCGAUCUGCACUUGAAAACAAACCCAGCGGCCGACAGACAAAGAUGAUCUGUUUCAACUCUGUGGCCAAGACGCCUUAUGAUGCUUCCAGGAGGGAAGAGAAGUCUGCAGGAGCCGCUGACCCCGGAAACGGGGAGAUCAAGCCAGCCCCCCAGCCCGCAGGAAGCAGCCAGGCUGCCUCCGGCCUCGGGGACGGCGGCGGCGGCGGCGGCGGCGGCGGCAGCAGCAGCAGCAGCAGCAGCAGCAGCAGCAACGUCCUUCACGGGCCCCCUGAGAAGCGGGCCAACCCCUGCCUGAGCAGCAGCAAUGAGCACGCGGCGCCCGCGGCCAAGACCCGGAAACAGGCUGCCAAGAAAGUGGCCCCGCUGAUGGCCAAGGCAGUUCGAGACUACAAGAGAAGAUUCUCCCGACGAUAAACUCAGGACUUGCCUUACACAUAAAAUCUGGGGGGAGGAGGACCAAUGCAAAGUCAACGCGGGUUGG